AAUACCAAUCAAAGCAAUUUAAAAAAAGUGGUGUAAACGAUAUUAUUAUUAUUUGUUGUUUUGCUUCAAAUUAUUUGUUUUAUUACGUAAACUACCGCGAAUAUGUCUGUAAGAUAACUUAGAAUAGCUUUACCGAACUUCCAUUAACAUUUUAGGACUAUCAAAGCACAAUUUAAUUGUGUAAUACUUGUGAUGUUUACAGAUUAAUAAUCGGUAUAGUUCGUCAACAAAAUUUUAAAUCGGUUGAAAUGUUACCAAUUUUGAUGUAUAAUAACAUGGAAGGAGGUUCUAAUUCUUUGAAUAAUAGUUCGGAAUACAGUUUUAAUCAGUACGAUGAGAGUAAGAUAUUAAAUUGUGUUAGAAAUAGGAAGAAAGUGACUGAAUUGCCGAAUUGUCCAGUUUGUAGUUGUACGAUUCGUCAAGGUGAAUUAGACUCUCAUUUGGCUUCUGAAGUAGAAAGACUGCAGAAAUUAUCCGGUUGUGGUUCUAAAAGGAAGAUCAGUGGUAAUACAAGUGCCAAUUUAGCUGUGCCAGGCUCAAGUACGAGUGCUGAUGUUCAAGAGGAUGAAGUAGAUGUUACUGGCUGCCUAGGAAGUGAUGUUUACCAACGGGUCCACUCCAACCGCCUCCGCCGGCUCCGUGCCCGCCGCCGCGGCACCCCUCCCCCGCAGCACGGCGAGUGUCCCGUCUGCAACAGCAGCCUCCCUGUCUCCAGGCUACAGCGGCACGCCAUACGCUGUCUCAAGCGGACCGGGGCCGAGAUAGAUGAAGACGUACCUGAUACCAGCUCCGAGGAUGGCAGUAUUGAUGUCGAGAACGACGAGCCGUCCGGCGGCACGUUCGGCGCGGAGUACCAGUGGUGCGGCGAGUGGCGAGUGCGCGCCUCCGCGCUGCAGGACGCCGCCGCGCGCGCCGCCACGUGUGUCCGCCGGGCCUCGCACGACCAGGCGCUGGUUGUCGACGGUGAUGAAGAUACGGAGCUGUACGGACCUCCCCAGUAUUCCCCGUCCAGGAUAGCACCGGAUGCCGAAGUGACACCAACAGACACACAAACAGACAGUCAAGCAGACACACAAGACACAGCCAGCGAUGACAAGAGUGAGAAAUUAGAUAACGGUAUUAAAUACAACGGCUUAGUUGAAGCUAGUGCCGCUACGCGGAUACAUGCCUUAAAAGAAAAAAUUAGAGAAUUAGAAAGAAGAAACAAUGGAGCCGGAGAGGUAAAAUGUCUGAUAUGUUUGGAGUCAUACUCCCUGCCAGCCGUGUCCAUACAAUGUUGGCAUGUGUAUUGCGAGGGAUGCUGGCUCCAAUCUUUAAGAGCUAAGAAAAUAUGUCCCCAAUGCAACGCCAUCACCACUGCCGAACAUUUAAGAAGAAUUUACAUGUGAACACAUACAAACAUUAAUUGGACUGAUUAUAUUUAUACAAGCAAA